AGAUGGGCAUUGCGACUCCAGCAGUAUAACUACACGGUCAAGUAUCGUCCAGACACCAAUUAACGAGCCCUCGGGACAGUCUAUUGCCAAAGAAUAUAUUAACUUUGUAAUAGAGCAAGCCAUCCCUAGAACAAUUACCUUGUCGAAGGUGCAAGAAGCGACAAAGAACGAUAAAGAACUGCAGUCAGCUGGACGAGCACUUCAGUCUGGCAACUGGAAAGAGAAAUCCAUAUCAGUUUAUUUUGCAGUACGGCAUGAAAUAACAUCAGUAACGGGUGUACUGUUGAGAGGACACCGACUGAUUAUACCUAUAUCACUUCGAAAUAGAACUCUAGCCCUGGUACACAGGGGACAUUUGGGAAUUGUCAAGACCAAACAAAAUUUGAGAACCAAGGUAUGGUGGCCUAGAUUAGAUAAAGAACAGAGCAACAUGUAAAGGAGUGUUUGACGUGCUGAAUAUCUGGUAAUCCUGAACUCCCUCCGCCUCUAGCAGUUGUCACCAUGGUCAUGUAUUCAUGUUGAUUUCUACGGACCAGCACCUACAGCCACAGGAGAGCAUCUAUUGGUGAUGGUAGAUGAAACAACCGGAUUCCCAGAAGUUGAGAUUAUGAAUAAAACCCCAACUUCUCAUACAAUACGAGCGUUUGAAAACGUUUUUGCCCGACACGGACUGCCAGACACAAUUAAGAGCGAUAAUGGGCCGUCGUUCCAGUCCAAGGAUGUUAAGGACUAUCUGACAACACAUGGCAUCCACCAUCAUUGUGUUACUCCUUUAUGGCCCCAGGCCAAUGGAAAGGUGGAAGCAGGGCCGUAGCUAAGCAUGCAUAGUUCGGGGGGUGUAGGCCAAAAAUUUCCGAAUGACGAAAGAAAUUUCCGAAUAUUUCAUGGCAUACGAAGCCACGAAGGUGUUUGCUAUCCGGAAAAUGAAAACGCAAUUUACAAACAAAAAUACUCGUAUUUUACGCACAGACAUAUUACAGAAGCAUGCAGUUCCGUAGGAAGUUCUUUUUUAUAAGGGGGUGGCGAGGGCCGAAGGCCCGAGGAAAUUUUUAAAUUUAGAGUCUCUUAAGCCAUUUCGUGGACUUUGGGGGAAAUUUUGACAGAAUUCUGAUGGUCAAAAAACAGAGUUUUAGCACGUCGAAAUUUACAAUUAAUUUGCUUACAAUUUAGAAGAACUAAAUGGGCGAAGGCGUAUAUGGGUAAUAUGAUUCUUUGCGGUUUGUCAUGGGUAAUGUAGCCGCUUAAAAUAAGAUAUAUUAAGGGCUUCCCCCUCCCCCCACCACCAUUUCCACGGCCCUGGGAAGUAAUAAACCGAAAAACAUUUACCGAUCUACGAUUUGUUAAAUGUUAUCCAUGUAAAUGCCGUGAUUUUGUAAAUCAGUUUAUGAUACUGACACUACAAUUUUAUAAUAUUUUCUCUGUUUAAUUAAUUAAACAACUAAAAUUUUGUUAUACUAUUACUGCCAUAAUUUUCCGAAUGACCAACCUGAUUUUCCGAAUAUGUUAAUUCUAAAAAAGUUGGGGGGGGGGGUUAACCACCCCCCAAUACCCCCCCCCCGUCGCUACGGCCCUGGGUGGAAGGCUUCAUGAAACCUAUGGGUAAAGCCAUUCGAGCGGCUUGGACGGAGGGUCGAGAUUGGCAAAGAGAACUAUUUGCAUUUUUGACGAAUUAUCGUACCACGCCCCACCUAUCUACAGGUGUGGCGCCAUCCGAGAUGCUUUACAAAAGGGUAAUUCGACCUACCGUUCCGUCUUUCUCUCAGAGACCUGCCAAUACAGCUGCAGAAAGGGUUUUGAAAGGAAAGGCUAAGUCAAAACAAUAUGUAGAUGCUAGAAGGACAUACAAGAAAGUCAACGAUAAAGGAAGGAGAUACGGUGUUGGUGAAACAGAAAAAGAAGAAUAAGUAUACAACCAUGUUUUGUCCUCAACCAUACAAAGUUAUCAAUGUGCGAUAUUCCAGAGUAACAGCGCAAAGGGGCGAUCAUGUGAUUACAAGAAACAUUUCGCAUUUUAAGAAAUUUAGUGGAGCGUAUAGAGAAACUGUUCCGAAGCCCGAGUCAGAAGACGAUAUUACCAUUGCGGCCCCACAAGCAGGACAGGACAAUGAACAAGACAUAACUAAAGAUAGGUGUCCUUUAAGAGCAAACAGAGGCGUACCGCCAGAUUUUUAUGGAUGGUAA